AUGGCACCCCUGCUAUGGGGGUGCUUCAGGAGGGGGGUGCUUCAGGAGGGUCUGGAGAGGGUGCAGUCCUUCUUCCAGAGGCACAACUGCAGACUCCCCCUCAGCCCCAGCCUGGUGGCCAAGGAGCUCAGCAUCAAGUCCUGCUCCUUCUUCAACUCCAACGCUGUGCCCCUGAAGAUCGCCCUGGUCAACGCGGACCCACUGGGGGAGGAGCUCAACGUCAUGUUUAAGGUGGGCGAGGACCUGCGUCAGGACAUGCUGGCGCUGCAGAUGAUCCGCAUCAUGGAUCGCAUCUGGCUGCAGGAGGGCCUGGACCUGCGCAUCGUCAACUUCAAAUGCAUCUCCACCGGCAAGGACAAAGGUAUGGUGGAGCUGGUGCCGUCGUCGGACACGCUGCGUAAGAUCCAGGUGGAGUACGGCGUGACCGGCUCCUUCAAGGACAAGCCCAUCGCCGAGUGGCUACGCAAGUACAACCCCGGCGAGGACGAGUACGAGAAGGCGUCUGAGAACUUCAUCUACUCGUGUGCGGGCUGCUGCGUAGCCACCUACCUCCUGGGCAUCUGCGAUCGCCAUAACGACAACAUCAUGCUGCGCACCACGGGCCACAUGUUCCACAUCGACUUCGGCAAGUUCCUGGGCCACGCGCAGAUGAUUGGAAGCUUCAAAAGGGACCGGGCGCCAUUCGUGCUGACCUCGGACAUGGCGUACGUCAUCAACGGGGGCGAGAGGCCGACCAGCCGCUUCCAGCUCUUCGUAGACCUGUGCUGCCAAGCGUACAACCUCAUACGCAAACACUCGGGCCUGUUCCUCAACCUGCUGUCACUGAUGAUGCAGUCUGGGCUGCCGGAGCUGACGGGGUCUCAGGACCUGAAGUACGUUUACGACGCUCUACAGCCCCAGACCACAGAGGCCGAGGCCACCAUAUUCUUUACAAGGUUGAUUGAGUCCAGUCUGGGUAGCGUGGCCACCAAGUUUAACUUCUUCAUCCACAACUUGGCCCAGAUGCGCUUCUCCGGCCUGCCGUCGAGCGACGAGCCCAUCCUGUCCUUCUCACCGCGCACCUACACCCUCAAGCAGGACGGGCGCAUACGCGACGCCUCCAUCUUCUCCUUCCAGAAGAGAUACAACCCCGACAAGCACUACACGUACGUGGUGCGACUCCUCAGGGAAGGCCAGAGUGAACCUCAGUUCAUCUUCCGCACUUUUGAUGAGUUCCAGGAACUGCACAACAAGCUGACGAUCCUCUUCCCUCUUUGGAAACUGCCCGGGUUCCCCAACAAGAUGGUUCUGGGCCGCACGCACAUCAAGGACGUGGCCGCCAAGCGCAAGCGGGAGCUCAACAGCUACGUCCACAACCUGAUGAGGAGCUCCACGGAAGUCACGCAGUGUGAUCUUGUCUACACGUUCUUCCACCCCAUUGCAAGGGACGACAAAACGGAGGGUCUGGACUCCAUACCCAAAGUUACAGAUCCCCCUCCUCUGAGUCCUGUGUCGGGCCGCGUGGAGGGCGAGGUGAAGCUGUCUGUGUCCUACAGAAACAGCACUCUCUUCAUCAUGCUCAUGCACAUUAAAGACCUGAUGUCAGAUGAGGGUGCGGACCCAAAUCCUUAUGUCAAGACCUACUUGCUGCCAGACCCCCACAAGACCUCCAAACGGAAAACAAAGAUCGCCCGGAAAACAAGGAAUCCCACUUACAACGAGAUGCUGGUGUACAGCAACUUGUGCAAGGAGAGCGUGAACCAGCGAGAGCUCCAACUGAGCGUGCUCAGUGCAGAGUCCCUUCGUGAGAACUGUUACCUGGGCGGCGUGACCUUGAGCCUCAAGGACUUUGACCUCAGCAAGGAGACCGUCAAGUGGUACAAGCUCACUGCUGUACCUUACUUCUGAACCAAUCACAAUGCAUACAGUAGCAGCUGCCGCAAAAAAAACAACAACAGCCAAUCAAGGCGAAGCAUUGGGACAUUGGCAUUGGGACUCAACAUCGCCCUCUAAGGGUUACAAUUCGCAAUCUGACUUUGUCUGUAGACGUGCCUCUCCUCUGCCUCAGUCUGUCUGUCUCUCUCUCUCUCCUCUAUUUCUCUUGCGCUUUCUCUGUUCAUCCCUCUGUCUCUCUCUCUUCUCUAUGUUCAUCUUUCUGUCUUUCCUGUGUUUCUCUCUUUGCAUCCCUUUAUGCCCCCCAACCCUAGCCUGACAAAGCAGCCUAAAUGUGAGACCGGAGUAAUUUAGUCUGGCCCCGAUGAACGAUACCUCCGAAGAUUGUUGAUGAGAACAACCUGUUGCAUUUUCAAACCGUGCCGGCACUCUGACCAAUCGGUGAUCUUUGCCGUUGAUGUGCUUUCCCAACGGUGUUGCGAGGUUCGUCGUCACUCCCUCAAAACCCCGCCCGCUUUGAUUCAAAACAAAUCGCUGCGUUGUGAUUGGUUUUGCCUGACUCAGGGCACAGCGUUCAAACGUUCUCAGAUCCGAGGCCAGAGCCACUCGCUAGCUGAAAAACUUUGGCGUCCAGCGGGUGGCGCUGGUUUACCAGACUUACCCCCCCCCCCCUCUCUCUCUCUCUCUCUCUCUCUCUCUCUCUCUCUCUCUCUCUCUCUCUCUCUCAAUACGUCUUCAUCUCUAUUUCCUGCUCUCCGAGUCCUACUAGCUGACACUAAUCAUGGCUAUCUCCUUACAGGAGCGUAGAAGAGUCUUUUUUUUAAAUCCCUCUAGUUUGUUACUACAGAGAAGAUGUAAUGUUUUGUACAUUUUUUGACAUUAGUGGACCAAAAUGGAUGAGUACUUAUUAAAGAGUAUAUAUAUAAAUAAAUAUAUAAAUACAAAUAUAUAUUGAAUAAUUAAGAGGCAGGUGGGUGGGGGUAGUGAUUUUUACACUAUACUUUUUUUACAUACACACUUAUAGAAAAAAAAGCCUUUAUCUUUUUUUCAGAGCCGACAAUAUUUUCUGUUGUUACCCCCUCCCUCCCUCCCCCUCUGUCCCACGUCGUACUGACUUUUGUGCCAAAAAGAACCGUACCCAUUUCAUACCACUUGUCCUUGAAUGGUUCUCUCAUCCUCGAAGGAGAACCACCAGCCUGGGUGCCUUUACUCGUUUCUCUCGUCCUCAGUUGUUCUCCUCAUCCUCGUCUUUCCUCAGCGUCGUUGUUGUGCAUGGGGGGGGGGGGUCAUCGGCCUCUCCAAAAGUUCUCAUGAUUUAAACAUUCUGUCUGUCUGUCAAGCCUGGCUCCAGUGCCUGGCAACACUUUAAAUGAGAUUUUUUUUUAAAUGUUUUUUCUCCCUUUCUUUUUCUCUGGUCUUUCUUUUUCUCUGGUCUUUCUUUUUCCUCUCAUCUCUCUUCUCAUUCUCUCUCUCUCUCUCUUCUCUCUCUUCUCUCUCUCUCGCUCUGUUUUUCCUUCUCCACCCUCCAUACAUGUGUGUGAUGAGCAACACCUUCACGGUUAUUUUAUUUUAUGAACAUAAGGGAAUGCCACACGUGGCUAUAAAUCAUGAUUACUGUUUUUUUUUUUUUUUUUUUUUCCUGUGUGUAAAUCUGGGAUGAUUAGUAUAUGUUGUGUGAACUCGUUUUGUUUGUGGUUUUUUUCUUUUCUUUCUCUCUUUUUUUUAAACAGUCAGGGUUUUGCAUCUCACACAUCCUUAGCAAGAGACAUAAUCAUGUUAUUUUUAAUGACUGUAAAAAAAAAAAAAGCAACCCAACAUGCUGAGUUGAUAUUAACAUGGCCAGUUAUUUAUUCCUAAUUGGAUCAUAUGAUGAGCAAUGAAAAGAGUGUGUUCUUCUUCUGUAAUCUUUUUUUUCCUAAAGCAAAUUAAACCUUUUUUGAACAAAGUA